AUGGGCUUCUUAUCGUUCCGGUUCCUCCGCGCGCCGCGGCCGCAGUCCUUCCUAUACAUCAUGAGCCUGCAGACGGGCGCCACGCUGAUUGCGCUGUCAAUGCUGCUUAACAAGCUCAUCGGCAUCUACGGUCUCCUCUCGAUCCUGACGGGCUUCGAGCUGUCGCCCGUGCAGCUGUCGAUGUACAUCUACUCCAUGCUCGCGCUGGGCCUCACCAUCUUCCUGACGCCGUACAUACGCAAACAAGCACCGCUGCAGUGUCUGGCGCUGGCAUGGUUCUACCUUAUCGAUAGCGUGGUGAACGCAGCCUACACUGCCGGGUUCGCCGUGACGUGGUUCCAGAUGAUUUCGGAGCCCUCGGCGAGAGGGCCUGGCGGGUCGACGAUGAAGGAGACUGCUGGGUUUGCGGGUGGGAGGCCACACAGCAAGCGGUACAGUGUGUCGUUUGAUACGGCGGACGGCAUGCCGCUGGCUACGACGUCAACGAGUGCGAAGUCGGCUGGUUCGGCGCUGGAGGACGGCAUGCUGCAGCCUGAGAGCUUGCCUAGUCUAGCCAUCAUAUGUGUGCUGUGGAUGGUGCGGCUGUACUUUGUCUUUGUGAUGAUGGCCUUUGCAAGACAGUGUCUGAAGCUGCAUGCCUUUUACCGUCGGUCCGAACACCAGCAGCAUCAACAUCAGCAUCAACGCAAUGGCUCCACGGCCAGCACGGCAGACUAUCCCGAUACCAACCCCAACCCUUUCCUGCCUGACUGCCCCGACGGCCAGGGCUGGAAGGGCAAGCUGGGCCGUGCCAUGGUCUCUGUCGGUAGAGGCUACUGGCUCGACCGCAACGAAGACGACGACUGGAUGUUUGGCGUCAACCGGCGUUUCAACUCGAGCUACCGCAUGGUCCCGACGGAGAGCAGUGGCCCCGUCGAGAGAGAGAGACGGCGUCGGUCAGGCACCGGUCCCCCCAUGCCUGCUCCAAGCGUGCUGCAGGCCGUGGUCGUGCCCCUGACGCCCUCGACGCAGCCGCCGAACCACUCCCUGCCGCAGUCCCCUGCUACUUCGAACUUUAGGCCCGGCACUGUCCCGCCGCUGAAGAUGUACGGCCAGCCUCAGGACGAGCGGGAGUUUUGA